GUUGAACGUGAAUCUAUUGACUUAAUCGACAAAACUCUUGCUGUUUAUAACAACGAAAUGUUAUGUGUUGCUGGAAUUUUAUCAAGAAUUUUGUACGAAGAUGAAAUGAGUCAAAUAUCUAAAGUUUACAGAGAAAUUGUUGGUUCGAACGCAAAAACAGAUGAAGCUACAAAUUCGGCGCGUGAGUGGCUUGAAAAACGAGCUGCACACGCACUUUCACACUUUACAUUUAAACCUAGCACCCCUAACCCUCAUGUUGGCCAAAUUAUUGAGUUUCAAUUUUUAAAUUGUGCUUCUCAGCUCUUGUCUAUUUUAUCAACUACUGGAGUUCAACCAAUUAACUUAGUACGAAUGCCUAACUCCGAAAUGGCAGCUUUCAUCAAAACUAUUCCUGUAGUUCCCAAAAUUAUCAUGGAACAAUGUGAUGUAUUUAUUAAAAAAGCAAGAAAUAAGAUGAAUAUCAUUAAAGACAUUUCACUAGGAGAUGUCUUUAAUGAAUUACAAAGUCGUACUCUCUCCCAAGAGGACACUGUUGCACUAAUGAAGUGGUGGAUAGGUUAUCGAUCUAAAGAAAAUCGAGUUUCUGAAUCGGAUGUUCAGCAGUUAUUAAAACUUGCCGUAGUUUGUAUUAACGAUAAUGUGAUACCAUUAAAUAAAAUUCAGUACUGGUUAAAUCCUUCUGUAGUUCCGCCAGAUUAUGAGGUUCCAUCUAAUGUAUUGCCUUAUUCAAUAAGUAAAUCAUUUCAAAAAAAUGAUAUCGAAAAGUGGUUCGGUGGGUGGAAAGAACUUUCACUUGCUACCUGGACACAAUACAUUGCAUCCAAACCCCAACUGGAAAAUGAUCCCGACUUUGCGGAAAAAGUUCUAGGAAUAAUUGCAAGAAGUUUUCAGAAAU